AUGCCUCAACGUCUAGUAGCGCACAAGUUCUCGUCGUUUGUCGCAUUUUACUCGUGUUCCAGACAGCUGGGCGUCCGGAAUUUUAUCACACUACAUUCCCGACGACCGUAUGAGCGACAUGUCCCCGCAAUUGGCCGGGUGAAAAGUCUCGGAAGCAAGCGAAGGUUUCAUGCGUCAAACCCAAUAAGCGCUCCCAAAAACCCAUACGAAGUUCUUGGCGUGAAGAAGGAUGCGACAGCUGCUGACAUCAAGAAAGCGUAUUUCUCGCUGGCGCGUAAAUGGCAUCCAGACACCAACCCCGACAAGGAUGCUCGCGAAAAGUUUGUCGAAAUUCAGGAAGCCUACGAUACCCUGAAAGACGACAAGAAGCGUGCUGCAUAUGACCAGUAUGGGUCUACAUCCCAGCAACCGGGAUUCGACCCAGACGCAUUCGCAAGAGCAGGAUUUGGUGGGUUCGGAGGUGGACAGUUCAGAGGUGGCUUCCGGGCGGGUGGUUUCCAGGACUUCAGCGAUAUCUUUGGUGCUGGCAUGGGUCGAGGAGGUCAAGGAAACAUUUUCGAGGAGCUUUUCACUCAGUUUGGACAAGGCGGACGUGGUCCUCGAGCAUCCGCCAACGUUCGCGGUUCCGACAUCGAGACUACCAUCGGAAUCGACUUCUUGGACGCCUGCAAGGGAACGAAGAAAUCUGUUACCGUUCAGCCUGUUGUCAAUUGCCAUACCUGUUCUGGAAGCGGGUUGAGAAAGGGUGCUAAACGGACGACUUGUGGCGAGUGUGGAGGCUCGGGUCAACGGACCUUUGUCAUUGACAAUGGGUUCCAUAUGGCCACAACUUGCGGCGCUUGCGAUGGAGUGGGAAGUACCGUUGGUCGUGGUGACCAGUGCUCGCCUUGUGGAGGAGCAGGCAAAGUUCGCGUUAAGAAGCAGGUACAGGUCGACAUCCCAGCUGGCGUUGAGGACGGCAUGACCAUUCGUGUUCCCAACGCGGGAGAUGCACCCAUCACCGGCUCAGGACCUGUUGGAGACCUGCUCGUGAGGAUCCACGUUAAACCGUCAAGUGUGUUCAGGCGACAAGGAAACAACCUCUACUACAAGGCCAACAUUCCAUUCUACUCUGCAUUGCUUGGUGGUCGCGUUCGCGUGCCUACUCUGAACGGCGAUGUCGACGUGCGGGUUCCUGGUGGAACGCAGCCAGACGAAGAGAUGGUCUUGAAGGGUCGGGGUGUUCCUUCGGUCUAUGGUUCUGGUAGCGGCGACUUGUUCGUUAGGUUCUCGGUUUCCAUCCCCAGGUCCUUGUCAAAGCGACAACGGGAACUUAUCCAAGCUUACGCCGACGAGGUCGAAGGAAGAACGUCAUCAUUCACAUCCACCUCCUCCAAUUCCUCGUCUUCGACCUCAUCUUCGAGUUCGACCUCACCAUCUUCAUCCUCCCAAAGCAAAUCUACUUCGCAAAAGUCUGAUGGUAAGGACGUCUCCCCUGAUUCGGACGGCUGGUUGUCGCGUGGAAUGCGCAAGUUGCGAGACAUGUUUGGCUCGUAG